CGCGCACGGCGCGAGCCCGCGGCCACCUCGCUGCCUCCCGGGAGCUGCGGGCUGCUCUGCGCGCCCGGGCGCGGCGCUCGGACUCGAAGCCAGCCUGGCUGCAGCCGCGCACAAAGGACCGCGGACACCGGGCUCCGGGGACUGUGCCCACGGACCGGCCGGGGAACGGUCAGCCGCUCUGCGUCCCCUCCACGCCUCCCCUUCCCGGGUGGCCGGAGCCUGAGCCGAGCGGGCCCCGUCAUAUGACAGCGGCGACACCGCGGCCAGAGAGCGCGCGUGUUGCCCGCUCGGCUGCGCCAGGGCCACCGGCGCCGGGGGUGGCUCGCGCCUCGCCACGCUGAGUGGUUGCCGGUCUCCGUCGCCCCGCGCCACCCGAGUCCCGGCUCUCGGGCUCCGGGGGCAGGAGCCCAAGGGAGCCCCGCGCCGGCGCCGAGCCUAAAAUGGCCACGCUGCUCCGCAAAAUCGGGCUCAUCCGCCUGCACAACCGGGACACCGAGGACCCCAAGCACCACCACAACCACCGCGGCGGCGGCAGCGGCCAGCAGAGCGCGUCGCUGCGCGGCAAGGGCGGCGCCAAGAGCGGCGGCCACAAGCCCCAGCAGCAGCAGCACCCCGCGGCGAGCGCGGGCGACGCCAGCCCCGGGCCCGGCAAGGGCAAGGGCAAGCGCGCGGUGGAGCUGGCCCCGCGCGACAAGCCGCCGCAGCCGGCGGCGGGGGCGGCGGGGGCGGCUGGCGCCGGGGGCCCCCGGGAGCGGGCGCCGGGCGCCAGGGCGGGGCCGGGCCUGGCGGUAGCGGCGGCGGCAGCGGGCUGCAGCCUGGUGCCCGCGGCGCGCCAGCAGCACUGCACGCAGGUGCGCAGCCGGCGGCUCAUGAAGGAGCUGCAGGACAUCGCGCGCCUCAGCGACCGCUUCAUCUCCGUGGAGCUGGUGGACGAGAGCCUCUUCGACUGGAACGUGAAGCUGCACCAGGUGGACAAGGACUCGGUGCUGUGGCAGGACAUGAAGGAGACCAACACCGAGUUCAUCCUGCUCAACCUCACCUUCCCCGACAACUUCCCCUUCUCGCCGCCCUUCAUGCGGGUGCUCAGCCCGCGCCUGGAGAACGGCUACGUGCUGGACGGCGGCGCCAUCUGCAUGGAGCUGCUCACGCCGCGCGGCUGGUCCAGCGCCUACACCGUGGAGGCGGUCAUGCGCCAGUUCGCCGCCAGCCUGGUCAAGGGCCAGGGGCGGAUCUGUAGAAAAGCCGGCAAAUCAAAAAAGUCCUUCAGUCGCAAGGAAGCUGAAGCCACCUUUAAGAGUUUGGUGAAGACUCACGAAAAAUACGGCUGGGUGACCCCGCCCGUCUCUGAUGGCUGAUGUCUGCGACAUGCAUUAGACGCUUAAGCCACCUCUCCACUCACACAGAUACCCGACAUCUCCUCCCCCACGCUGAGCAUCCUUCAUCCUUUUUUACUACAGCCAGAACUGAAUCCUGAAUGCCAAGGACACGUCUAAGUUAUUUAUGAUCAGAUGUGUUUACAGAGAGAAAGAGGGAGCAAACGCUGUUCGGGAUUAAGUUUCGAUUAUAAAUGAAUGAUCAUCCCUAAGUCACUUUAGAACAAAUGUCGAGAAGGCGACAUCCCCCAUCCGCCUGCCCCUCCCCCAGCCCAUCACUUUGCUCUCAGCUUCUUCCCAUGACAGCAGCUCCAAAGAGCAGGCAGGAAACUCAACGCCCCUUGCUCCACCCGUUUACACGUAAGUGGCACCGUUCACAUGUAAUAGGUACGGCCCGCGUCGCCGGCACAUGUUCGCUGGGCUCCCUGUCUCUUUCUCUCCCUGGCAGGUCGACGUAACUUGAAGACACGUCUUUCUGUGGCCCUGUUCUAGUGAUUUAAAACCACAACUGCCCACUUGGUUACAACGUGCUCCCAGCGCUGGUGCCAGCGCCCUGGGGUGAGGGUGGGGGUGCUCAGGCCGGGAGGGCGCACACAUGGUGCAGAUGCCGGGGCGGGCUCCCUGGGGCUCAGAGCAUCCUCGGCGGUCGGAUGCAGACAGUCUCUUCCGUUAUCCUGAAAUGCUCCUACGACCUUUGUGUCCCUGUCUUCUCGCUGCUGGUCAACCUACCACCAAAAGCAAAAGACAAUGUCCCAUUUGAUGAAGUCACCUGACUCAUUUUCUUAUGUGUGCUCGUGACAGGGAAUGCGAGAACUGCCAAAGGAGGCCCGGUGACCGUACGACGAUUUGCAUGACCCAGUAGUCACUGUUGUGUCCCCGAGGCUGGGAUGCGUGAGUGCCCUCGCUAUGAUAUAAACUUCUGUUAUUUAUCUCCCCACAAUUUCAUUUUCUCUUUUGUUCAGUUACUUAGAACUUUCUAAGAAACUCCAUGAAAUGAGGAAACACUGUUUAUAAUAAUGUGCGGAAAGAGGUUAAAUGUUCAUUCCAAGUGGAAUAAUCUUAUUGGACACAUUUGAAAUAAAAUCAUGCAUACCUGA